CUUUUUCUCAUCCCGAUCCAAACUUGAGGUUGUGGCUAAAGUUAGCUUGGCAUACAGAGUAUAUAAGCCUUGUGAGAUCGGUGUCUGAUGCGGCUUCACAUAGUCUUCUCUUCUUGACCAUCCAAACCUCCACACAAACCGUCUCGAGAUGGCACCAAAGAAGGCAAAGAGGAGGCAGGCAGCAGGCGAAGGUGGCUCCUCCAAUGUCUUCUCUAUGUUUGAGCAGAGCCAGAUCCAGGAGUACAAGGAGGCUUUCACAAUCAUUGACCAGAACAGAGACGGUAUCAUCAGCAAGGAUGAUCUGAGGGACGUGCUGGCCUCAAUGGGCCAGUUGAACGUGAAGAACGAGGAGCUGGAGGCUAUGGUAAAGGAAGCCAGCGGUCCCAUCAACUUCACAGUCUUCCUUACCAUGUUCGGAGAGAAGCUGAAGGGUGCUGACCCCGAAGACGUUAUCGUUUCCGCCUUCAAGGUCCUCGACCCCGAGGCAACCGGAUUCAUCAAGAAGGAAUUCCUUGAGGAACUCCUGACCACUCAGUGCGACAGGUUUACCGCAGAGGAGAUGAAGAACCUGUGGGCCGCGUUCCCCCCAGAUGUGGCCGGCAACGUAGACUACAAGAACAUCUGCUACGUCAUCACACACGGAGAGGAGAAGGAGGAGUAAAGAAACAAGUUUGGAGAAUAUAAAAACAGCAUCCCUCGCCAUUCUGAUCCUCACAUCCUCCCCUGUCCGGCUUUAAAACCUUCCAUCCUUCCUACCCUUCAUGUGCUCACGUGCUCCGGCUCUCAGGCUCACACAUUUGCUCAAAAGACUUAUGUGAGAGAGACAGACGCUCGUGAGAAGUCUAUGUUUGUUUAUGGGGAAAUGGGAUUAUUUGCAAUAAAAAUGAUCUUGUAACAUUAUCUCCAUACAUCCUCUUUCUCAUCCUCUUUCUCAUCCUUUUGAACCCUCUUUCCCAUCACCUUUCUGUCUUUCCUCAAGAGACGGUUCACCAUGUGAAGCGCUUGAUGUGUGCGAGUGAAUAUGUGCCUCGUUUCCAACUCCGUACGUUGGCCUUAAGGAGCUACAUAAACACAGCGAGUUUUAUCUCACCGCCGUGGUAGACCAUGGGUGUUCACCCGAUGUUGAAUGAUGCACCUCCUCGCACUCAGAGAGAGACAAACAGAAGAGUCUCAUUCCACAUAUUAGAAGAGAUUCUCUUCCGCAGAAAAAAGAUAAUAGGAGAGACGGGAUUUCAAGGAGGAAUUGGGUAGAGGAAAACGUGGUCUCCUUAAAGCGACGACCACUUUUUCCUCAAAGUGAGAAAGGCCGCGAAUGAGAGGAGGGAAGAGACCGAAAGAAAACAUACUUUCUUCGCAUCGUUUCCCUCCUCUCUAUUCUGACUUUCCUCUCUGUUUGCUGUCUGUUUUCCUGGAACUGGACUUACUUUCCCCACCUUCCCUGAAACUCCCCUGUAAGAAUAAAAGGGACAAACUGUGAAUAAAACACCCUUUCCUUUUUGUA